AUGAUAGUGAUAAAACAGUUGGCACCUGGGGUCAAUCCUGGGCAAGGCCUGGGCAUUGAAAUCAUCGCUACGUUGCAGCUGGUGUUGUGCGUACUGGCCACAACGGACAAGAGGCGAACGGACCUGUCCGGAUCAGCACCAUUGGCCAUCGGUCUUUCCGUUGCCUUGGGUCACCUGCUGGCGAUUGAUUACACCGGUUGCGGCAUCAACCCUGCACGUUCGUUCGGAUCAGCGUUGGUGACCACUAACUUUGUCGACCACUGGGUCUUCUGGGUUGGCCCCUUAUUGGGGGGUGUCAGUGCGGCUCUCAUCUACGACUUCAUCCUGGCACCCCGAAGCAGCGAGAUCACAGAACGCAUGAAGGUUUGGACCACCGGCAACACGGAAGAGUAUGACCUCGACGCCGAUGACUCGCGAGUAGAGAUGAAACCGAAAUAAAAGGAA